CCUAGGUUUACGAGCUUCAGAAACAAAAUACCGAGCACCAAGGCCCAACGGUCAUAUCGACAAGUACAAUGGUUAACUCAGGUUCACUCACAUCUGUUAAAUCCUCUUUGUAUUCAACGACAACCUCUAUUUCUGAGCUGUCAUCGACCACAACACCAACGUCUACAUUUUUAGCAACACAUGACCACCUCCCUGAUUCCAGAGCGUGGAGAUCCUACUUGAAUUCUCCUCACAAUUUUCAUUUACUGCCCAUAGAAACCGUUUUCAGGGAAAAAAUCAGGUUGGAUACCGAGAAUUUUUGGUAUAAGCAAUCCAAUACAAUUUCUGGAACGAUCGAGCUUGCCAAACCUGUCUCUAACAUGAAAAGGGCCACUGAAAUCAGCUCCGUCAAGGUAUUUUUCGAAGGCCACAUCUCUUUGAGCGAUCCUUCCUGGGACAAAAUGUUUAUUUGUGAAGAGAAUUGGUUAGACGGCGUCCAGUUUCCUUACAACUUGAAAGUUGGCAAAACCCUCUCCGUACCGUUUCAAUUUCUUGUUCCUGAAAUCAUCAGCGAAAGCCUGCCGUGCGGAGAGAUUCUCCACCAACGACUUCCGCCAACUUCCGGGAAUACUUCCAGUUGUGGGUAUCUCUUUAAUAACGGUCCAUUGGAAACCACCCACAAUAAUAUCCUGAACUUGCAGGACCAAAACAUCUGUGUGACAUACUUCAUCAAGGUGUUGGUUACCGGAAAGAAAGAUGUUACGGUCGACAGCAGCGAUCUUCUUCUUCCCUCCGAAGCAGCCUUCAAGGCAAAAGUCAACUUGCUCAACAAUUCUCUUGUGUUUAGGCAAAACGAUAUGCUCGCGGGUACCGUGAACAUUAGUAAACCGGUUUCUAAGGCAGGGACCUCGGAGAUAUCAUCCGUAGGAUUAUCCUUGGAGGGACAUGUGACUUCUUCGAAUCCAACUCAUUGCUUUGACCACACCUUUUUGAAAGUUGAAAGCCAAUUGGGUAGCGGGAUACAAUUCCCGUGUCGGUUGGAAGCGUUAGACAAUCUCUCGCUUUCGUUUGAGUUUCUCAUCCCGGAACUUGUAGACGACGACGAGACGCUUCACCAACGACUCCCUCCAUCAUGUGGGGACACUGCUGGAUGCGGAUACGUAUUUUGUGUAAACAACCCUAGUUUGAAUUCUUUCUUAUAUAGUCGUAAUCUCCAAGACGAGGCCUCCAGCGUAACGUAUUUUCUCAAGCUAGUGGUAACCGGAAAGGGCAGCUGCUCGGACAACGAACUUCUUCAAGUGACAAGAUCGCAAGUGAAGGUGCUCCCAAGCUACUCAGCGCCAAGCCCAUAUGUCCCAAACACGUUGAAACUUGAUAGCAAAGUGUACUAUGGUCUUCAAGAAGUCUACCCAGAAAUAGGCGAGGCUGCUACCGAUUACGCUGUUGGUUGGACUAACAGAAACAAGUUGAUGGCGACAAACAGGUUUGCUGGUUAUGACAUCAGGGCUCCCGUUCCAAAGCCCCUCAGGGUGAAUGCCAAGGGGAUUGGCACCUUCCCAAUCGAGCUCCUCCUUUCCCAAAAUCAGCCCGGUUCUCCCUCCAAGCUUGCAUCCAUCUCGGUGAAAUUAGUUCAGAGCGUUCAUGUUUCGCUGAAUGGUCUGAUACCAACCCAUAUCCCAAUAGGACCAGAACUGACCGAACAAGAGCAUUUGCUCUUCGAUUCCAGAGAAACCGGUGCUAUAUUUACACAGGAACCCUACCGUUGCUUGCCGCCCUAUGACAAAGCUGAACCAGCUCCACCCGUUGAGACACAACAUUUGCUCAAGCUUUCUAUUCCAGCCCGCACUGUCGCCGGCUUGAGGCUUCCACCCACCUUCCACACCCGCCUCAUCAAUGUCACCUACCACCUCCUUUAUAGGUUGCAAUUUCGCAAAGAAUCAGUCAAAGGAAUGGUCAACGGGUCGGCUUUGAGUAAGUUCUCCAAAUUCUGUUUCCAUGGUGCCAAAGGGAAUCUGGAGGCUAUUGAAAUCAAUGUCCCCGUGGUGCUCUUGUCGGAAUGGAAGGGCUGCCCUGAUUGGGCCUUUACUGAUGAUGAAAUUUUCUACGGAUAUGCCUUAACCGAAACUCCACCCGCUUACCUGCUGUAUGAUGGAUUCGGCCACGGGUAUUGA